GCCCCGGACUGUAUAAAUACGUGAGCGCCGCUUCGCCAUGUUAUCGAGGAAACGCUUCAAAUCACCGUCGCCGCUCGGCCCGAGAGAAGAUUCACCGAAAGGUGUUUAAAAACACCGACAUCAAACCUCGAUCUCUCCGUUCAUAUUUUAGUCGUUAGUAACGUAACGGGCCGGCGAAGCAGCUGGCCGAGGCUGUUUUUAUUUAUAUUUUCGAAUUGAUUUGAAGGCCUAACGGCUGCCAUGGAUUUUUAAGGCAUAAUGCGGCACCUCUAAUGCAAUGGCAAUGCAUAGUGCAAGGCAAAACAAGACGCGAAACUCCAUCUUCGCCCCUGCCAAGCAGUCGGGCUCGAAUACCGUCCGCGGUAUACCUGCGAGCGAGCCGGUACCACUGCUCCUGGACCGGAGGAAGCUAACACUAGCUAGCUAGUCAGUCAUCUAAGCUAACGCUAUCCAAUUGUGAAAGAGUGAUCCAUCGAUUCAUCCGAACGUCGUCAACACUACCGAUCAAGAACAACGAACCAAAUUAAAAAAAUGAAGCCUCAAGACAUCGUCGCCGGGAAGAGCAGCCUGUGGAUCUUCGGGUACGGGUCACUGGUGUGGAAGCCGGACUUCAAGUACAGGAGGAGCAAGGUCGGCUACAUUCAAGGCUACAAGAGGCGAUUCUGGCACGGAGACAACUUCCAUCGCGGGAACGACGAGUUGCCCGGAAGAGUGGUGACGCUGAUUGAAGAUGAUGACGCGAGCACUUGGGGUGUGGCGUUCGAGGUGACGGGCCCUCAAGUCGAGGAGUCCCUGAAGUACCUGAACGUGCGCGAGACGGUCUGCGGCGGCUACGUCACCAAAAUGGUGGAUUUCUACGCCGAGGGGGAGAGCCAGCCCCCAGUUCAGGCGCUGCUGUACAUCGCCACCACCGACAACCCCCUCUACCUGGGGCCGGCCAGCGCCGAGAUGAUCGGCUGCCAGAUCGCCAUGAGCAGAGGGAAGACGGGCCACAACCUGGAGUACCUGCUCCGGCUGGCCGAGUUCAUGAGGAGGAGCUGCCCACACGUGGAGGACAGUCACCUGUUCUCCAUCGAGGCGGCGGCGUUGACCGUGGUGUCACUGAUGUUAGCAGCCCAGUAGCUCGUACCCUGAAUACACUACACACGCAACAGAGGCUUUCCACCUGUCAUGCAGCCCACUUAUGUGUUCUCAAGCAAUGUAGAUCCCCACUACAGCACAGUGAAUCCAUCGAAUGCUGCUUAAGUAUUAAAGGGAAGCACGACAGGGGUUUUUGUUUUUUUUUCUGAAGCAUGACCUCAUGUUACCAUUGUAGCGUUGCACCUGGUACGUGUUUUUGUACAUUUACUAAAUGUAUGAUCACUGAAUUGUUGACUGUAAACAUCUGUUAGUUUCUUUUUAAUGGCACAUGUUUCUUUAUUUGCACAGUUCAGAUUCCGUCCACACGAUUGAAUCUGUUGGCCAUUUGCUGGGGGGUUGAAGGUGUAGCCUGUUAAAAUAUCUUGUGGCAGUUUGUCCAUCAGGUGUACAAGAAGGAAAUAAACAAGAUGAAGAAAAAAAGA